UGGCCGUGGUUGUUACUUUCCGGGCGGCCACUCCGCCACGUGGAGCGCGCGGCUCUCGCGUGCCCUCGGCGACCGCGUGACCGCGCCAGCCAAUGGCGGCGCUCGGAGGCGGCGUCAUGGCGACACCGUUGCGGCCUAGCGAGGAGAGACGCGGCCCGCCUCACGGGGACUGAGGGAGACGCGGCCCGCCUCACGGGUAACAGAGAGGGAGACGCGGCCCGCCUCACAGGGACUGAGAGGGAGACGCGGCCCGCCUCGCGGGUAACAGAGAGGGAGACGCGGCCCGCCUCACGGGGACUGAGAGGGAGACGCGGCCCGCCUCACGGGGACUGAGAGGGAGACGCGGCCCGCCUCGCGGGUAACAGAGAGGGAGACGCGGCCCGCCUCACGGGGACUGAGAGGGAGACGCGGCCCGCCUCACGGGUAACAGAGAGGGAGACGCGGCCCGCCUCACGGGGACUGAGAGGGAGACGCGGCCCGCCUCACGGGGACUGAGAGGGAGACGCGGCCCGCCUCACGGGGACUGAGAGGGAGACGCGGACCGCCUCACGGGGACUGAGAAGGAGACGCGGCCCGCCUCACGGGUAACAGAGAGGGAGACGCGGCCCGCCUCACGGGGACUGAGAGGGAGACGCGGCCCGCCUCGCGGGUAACAGAGAGGGAGACGCGGCCCGCCUCACGGGGACUGAGAGGGAGACGCGGCCCGCCUCACGGGGACUGAGAGGGAGACGCGGCCCGCCUCACGGGGACUGAGAGGGAGACGCGGCCCGCCUCACGGGGACUGAGAGGGAGACGCGGCCCGCCUCACGGGGACUGAGAGGGAGACGCGGCCCGCCUCGCGGGUAACAGAGAGGGAGACGCGGCCCGCCUCACGGGGACUGAGAGGGAGACGCGGCCCGCCUCACGGGGACUGAGAGGGAGACGCGGCCCGCCUCACUGGUAACAGAGAGGCGCUGAGACUUUGCAGGGAGUUUGGGCCCCCCGGCCAUGUCGGCGGUGCCCCCGAGCGCCGCUCCUCCUCCUCCUCCCCCCCAGCGGCCACGCUGCAAGAAGCGGCCCGGGAGCAGCGCGGCCUUCGCGGUAGCGGCAGCGGGGACGGCGACAAAACCCAACAUGAAGAAACGCGUGCUGCAGCAGCCGGGAGUUUCAACUUGCGAGGGGGAGGUGACGACGACGACGGCGACGAUGGCGGUGGCAGCGGUGGAGGGGAAGGAGGCGGUGCCGGUGCUCGUGUCGGCAGAGCCGGCCGUGAGCAAGGCCCUUCCUUUCAAGAACCCCAGCUUCACCCAUUCAGGUCUGGGUGGCAUGGGAGUUCGCAAGUCGCGCGUGUGGAAGAACCUGAAGCAGAUCAUCGCAGCCGAGCGCAGCAUGAACUGGAGCCCUGAUGAUGCCACAUACAGCAACAUCGACGCUCCUCCAUCGUUCAAGCCAGCCAAGAAGUAUUCAGACCUCUCUGGUUUGCCUGCAAGUUACACGGACCCACAGAGCAAACUCCACUUCAGCAAUGCCGAGGAGUUCUCCCAGGUGCGCACGCUGCCCAUGGACAUUGUGUCGGGUUACCUGGCCCUGCGCAAGGCCACCAGCAUUGUGCCGUAACAGCGUACAACUCUCCAUCCGUUAGCGCGACUUAAGAGAGGUUGAGCUACGCCGAAAACCACAAGCACAAAUCUUACACACAAAUUAAAUACAGUGUACAAAGCUUACGGUGUAUAAAGAUGCCAUGACAUGCACUGGUUGGUGCUGUUUCAUCCUUUUAUGAAAUCUUUGAGAGGAAGUCACCGCCCUCGGGCACCUCCACCUGCGUGUAGACUUUCUUCCCGCGCAGGCGCAGGCGCAGGCUGCAAGGCGAGGGAGCGUUGCGCGGAUGGCAAGCCGGGAAGAGAUCUCAACUUGGAACGUUCAGUAACAAUUGCAGUAGUGAGACGACCCACUCCAAGUCCAAACCACAACCUGCAUAUAGACCUCUUUUUUUGUAAUUAAUGGCAAAUGUCAUUGGAAUGUUGCCUAAAAGCAGUCAUUAUGGGUGUGAUGAUGCAUUGUUUCGUCAAUCAAUAUCGGUUAAGGUUUAGUCAUCGAUAAUGUUCCAUUAACUUCCAUGAACAUUAUAUGUGAACAUUAAUGUAUUGAAAAAGACUGACAGAGAAAAGAGAGAAUAUAAGAAUUACGAAUUGGUUAUUGAAUCGGAUUCCGGCACCGAAUCGAGAGCGUGUAUCACGUCGCUCGGUGGAGUGAAUUAUUAUAGCCCUGUAGGUCACAGCUGAUACGAUUUAACUUAGUCUUUAUUUGUUACAUGGAAAAUCCCUUUUAUCCAGUCACCCAGCUAGUUUCCAAGGGAGAUGUAGGAACAAGAACAACAUCAACAUUAUACAGAGGAACAGGCAACAUUGGAAUAACACGUUGGAGGUACAAGCCAAAAUAAUGCAGAAAGAAUAACAAUCGACAUCAAAAACGAGGUAAUGAAUUGUGGGAGAGGAGAUGUGCGUGAGGCAAAGGGAAUCCAAGCGAAUCAAACAACCACCACGGGAAUACGAAAAGUAACGGCAAAGGGUUUAUGUAUAGGUGCAGCCGAACUGUCCAUGCUGAGCUAGAAUUGAUAUUAAACGAUGUAGGGAGGGGAGGGAGCUGAGCCUAUGCUGAGAGGCGAGGACAUCCCAGUAACGUGGGCCAGCAGCGUGGAAGGAAAUGUCGCCAUACAUAGUUGCAACAGCUGGUAUUUUUUGUAAGAUCAGGGAGGCACUUCUGAUAUUGCGACUGACAAUGUGCGAAGUUUUACCCUUUUGAUGGCACUGUGCCAUUGCUCCAUCUUGCAAAUCGUUGGACAAUUCUAGUUAUGUCUAAACCGGCACGUGCUAUAAUGGUAAAAACCACCGUACAAGCGUUUGUCUUUUUUAUGGGGGCAUUGCAGUUCCAUUCUCCUUCCAUCUCGUGGUCGAACUGCACUCUCCGUGUACCUCCUGCUUAUCAUCGAACUCCAAGGCUGUCAGAGAGAGCCAGUUUCGUAUGUUUGUGUACACUUUAAGUACAAAAUAAAUGUGAAGUGUGUAAUAUAUUUGUUACAAUAAACGUAAAUUUGUCUUUCCGUUAAGUGCUUUGGAUUAAUUUAUAUUAAUGUUUAGCCCUUUGGCAAUCUACCGCUGGAUGAAGCCUCCGCAUCCUAUGUUGGUCUUGGGGGACUGUUUGACCAUACUUCACUCGGCUGGUCAGUACGGGUUGGUAACGUGGUGCGGACACUGGACCGGUUCAGAUGUCACUCGCCACUGAUGUUAGCCAUGGCCAGGAAUCAAACUCAGGUUACCGAGUUCCAAGUGCUACCACUCUUCCCCCAUGUAUUGAGAAAUAAAUAACACAAGUA